AUGGAGUCCCUUCCUUCGCUACGACGAUGCCUCCUGGCUCAGUGUCGUCGUCCAUCUCGACCACUGUCGCCACUUUACCUUGAUUUCCUCGCCCCAACAGCUGUGCGUGCCCAGCGCCGACAUGCAUCUACCGGCACUUCCGGUGGCACUAAACCCCAAUACACCCUCAGCAAGAAGCAAAGAGAGUUCCUUGAAAGUGCUCUACGUGUCAACCAGGCUGGUGAAAUCGCCGCGACCCUAAUCUACACCGCACAAACACCCCAGAUCGUCCGCUCGCACCCUCACCUUCGGCCGUUGAUGAAGCAUAUGUACGAUCAGGAAGCAGGCCACCUGAAGAUAUUCAACGGACUAGUCGCGAAGCACCAGGUUCGUCCAACGGCCAUGUAUCCGCUAUGGGAGGUGGCGGCGAGUUUCCUCGGGUGGUCAACAGCCGCCUUAGGCCGUGAAGCGGCUAUGGCGUGCACCGAGGCAGUGGAGACGGAGAUCGGAUCACACUACAAUGAUCAAGUGAGGGAGAUUUUGUCAUGGGAGGCAGAUGCUGUGAGGCGGGGGGAGGAGCUGGAUGAUGAGUUGAAGGAAAUGCUGUCCAUCUUCCGGAGGAUUCGUGAUGAGGAGCUCGAGCAUCUGGAUCAUGCUGUGGCGAAUGAUUCCAAGGAAGCCAAGCCGUAUGAUCCUCUAGUUGAUGUUAUUCGACUUGGCUGCAGGACUGCCAUUAAGAUCAGCGAGCGGAUUUGA